CAGCAACAGCGUUGAGUUCGUCGUUGAAAGAUUGCGUCUAUGUCCUCUUGCGUGUUUGUGUUUGUUCGUUUGCCUAGGCUUUAAUGUUUUAGUAAAGUUGAACUGUCUCUAACUCUAUAACUGCGCAUCGUACCUCCAUCUUCGUCGUCCUGGCGUCCAUCUUUGUUCGUACAAAUUGCAAAAGAUCAGGUUGUUCAAAUUCGU